UGUCAUGCUGAUCAGGAAGCAGUUUCUUUCUGCAGACUGGAGGCAUGGCGACGUUUUUUGGGGAGGUUUUGUCUGUGUUCAGCCGGGCAGUGGAUGAUGAAGAUGAGGAGGAGGAGGAGGAAGAAGAAGAGGACAGAGAGAUCAGGAGGGAGCUGGAAAAGAAAAGGGAAGUGACUCUGACCUGGAGCCCUGAGGCCAGCGCAGCUAUUGAGAACUCUCCUGAACACAGACUCGGCUGCUCCAGUCUGAUUCUGGCUGUUGGUGACAAUGCUACAGGGUUUGUGUCUUCCCAUAUCCUGAUUUCCGGGAGUUGGGAGGUGUCUGGAUAUAUAACAUUAUGGAAUGAGAGGUGUCGGGAGCAGGCACCCAGAUCUGACAGUACACCCAGUACCCCAUCUUCCUGCAUUUUCUACCGCUGUAUCACAGACCCUACGGUGAUGCUGUGUCAGUGUUCCUGUUACGUGGCAGAGGACCAGCAGUUCCAGUGGUGUGAGAAGGUCCUUGGUUGUCUACAGAAGACCAAUUUAAAGGUGACUAUCCUGUCCACCUGCCCAGUGUCUGACUUUAAAACUCCAGAAUCCACGUACAACCUCCCAGUUCCCUUUCUGAAGGCACUCAAGACAAACCAUUACACAGAUGGUACUCCUUGCGGCCCUCUGGAGCAGCCGAAUAUUGUGGAUGGGCUCCCCGCUGCUGUGAUGAUGUACUGUCAGGUGUGGGGGAUUCCCGCCUUGUAUUAUCAGUGCUACACUGACAUCACCAAACUGGAUUCCAUCACCAUCGAGGCUUUCCGGCCAAUCCUGUCCUGUCAGAGCAUUAGUCUUCUGGCUGCGAAAUCCGAAAAAAUUGCAGAAACCCUGCAGAAGACGGUGAUAACUACGGAAGUUCAGAGCAACCUAUACAUAUAGCACUGUCUGCUGCUGUACAUCAUUGGCUACCAGUAACAUGAGGCAUGAUGGGAC